UAUAUACUUAGAUAUAAUCAAUUAAGCCAUAGCCAACUCUCUCUAGCUAUAGCUUAAUUAAUAUUUCACCUUAGAAAAAUGGCUACUCUUUCUGAAGCCUAUAGAGAUCACCCUCUUCACCUCAAACAUAUUAUCCCCUUAGACUUUUCUUCAUUUAGAACUUUACCUGAUUCUCAUGCAUGGACUCAAUCUAAUGAUGAUGAUGGUAAUGAUCAUUUCACAUCCAAUGGAAGUUAUAAUGAUGAAGAUGGAUCAUGCAUACCAAUCAUUGAUCUCAAUGAUCCAAAUGCAAUGGAACAUAUAGGUCUUGCUUGUGAGAAAUGGGGUGCCUUCCAAUUGAAGAAUCAUGGCAUACCUUUAAAUUUAAUUGAAGAAGUUGAAGGAGAGGCAAAGAGACUCUUUUCUCUUCCUUCCAAGGAGAAACUUAAGGCUCUUAGAUCGGCCGGUGGCGCCACCGGAUACGGCGCAGCUCGAAUAUCACCAUUCUUCCCCAAAUACAUGUGGCAUGAAGGAUUUACAAUUAUGGGGUCCCCUUCCAAUGAUGCCAAAAAAAUCUGGCCUAAUGACUACAAACGAUUUUGUGACAUAAUGGAGAGCUACCAAAAGCAAAUGAAGACAUUAGCAGAGAAACUAACAAACAUAAUAUUCAACAUAUUAGGAAUUUCCAAAGAACAAAACAAAUGGGUUGGUUCAAACAACCAUUGUGGAGCAAUUCAACUAAAUUUCUACCCAUGUUGUCCAGACCCAAAAAAAGCAAUGGGCUUGGCCCCACAUACAGACACAUCACUUUUCACAAUUCUUCAUCAAAGUCAAACAAGUGGACUUCAAAUAUUCAAAGAAGGUGUAGGGUAUGUUCCUGUGGACCCUCAACCAAAUACACUUGUUGUUAACACUGGUGACAUUCUUCAUAUAUUGUCAAAUUCAAGGUUUAGAUGUUCUCUUCAUCGUGUUGUUGUGAAUGAAAUUAAGGAUAGAUAUUCUAUGGCUUAUUUUUAUGGACCCCCAAUUGAUUAUUUGGUUAAUCCUAUUGUUGGUGAUAAUUCUUUGCCACAUUUUCGUGCUUUGACUGUUAAGGAUUAUAUUGGGAUUAAAGCUAAGAAUUUAGGGGGUGCUUUGUCUUUGAUUAGUACAUGUACAUUAAUUACUUGAUCAUCAUGACUAAUGUGUAUCUUUCUUUGAUGAUUUUUGUAAGGAAAAUAUAUAGUUGCGAAUUUCUAUUUUA